AUGGCCGUCCCCCCAGCAUAUCACGAGUCGCUCCCCUAUGUUGACCCCGAACCCUCUCCCGAAGCUCUCGCCGCCGCCCGCGCCCUCAUAACCGCCGAGGCAGCUACACAACCCCCCAAACCCUCCUCCCACCCAGAGCCCUCUUUCUCCCCCGCCAUAGCCGCCGAGCUCGCCCGCGUAUCCAACUCGACGCCCCUCGCUCCCCUUGAUCUCUCCCGCUACGAGGCACCCUCGCCCAGCGCCCCUCCCGCAGAGGCCCUCCCCUCAGCCGCCGUUGCGCACAGCUACCUCUCGUCGCGUCUCACCAACCUCGAACUGCUCGACCGAUGGGGCAAGAAUGCAUGGCUCCUCGGCAACCAUGCCCUCGAGGCCGAACUACAGGCUCUUGAGCGCGAGCUCGCCGCCACCAAGCGAGAGGUCGACAUUGUCAACCUCGAGAGACAGAAGCGCCAAGGCGCCGUGGGAGCAGAGAUCAAGGCCCUCGAUGAUACCUGGCGCGCCGGCGUUGGCAGGGUGCUCGAGACCGAGGUCGCCGUCGAGGAGUUGAGGGGCAGGAUCCGGGAGGAGUUGGCGCGGAGGGCGGCGCAGGGCGAUGGGCAGGGCCAGGAGCAGUAG